CUCCCGCUCGCCAGCCGCGCCGCCCAGGUGAAGCCGCCGGGCGCGUCCCUGCGCGCCCCUUCCCCCUCCCGGCGACUUCCUGAUCUGCAGAAGGUGCAGCAGCCGCAGCGGGCGGCCCCGGUCGCCGGAACUGAGGCCUCAGCUUUGGUGGCGGCGGGGGCGGCGACCGGCGGAGACGGGGGCGGCGGCGCCGCUGCUGUCACAGAAAGGCUCCGGUGGGUGGGGUGGGAGGCGGGGAAGCGCCGGAGGCGCAGCCGACAUGGGCCCGCCGCCGCCGCUGCCGUGAGCUGCCUUCUUCCCGGCGGGGCCGCCGGCGUGGGCGGGGGGCUGCGGGCUUCCAGGCCAGCGCGCGGGGCCGACGGGCAGCCCACACCGACAUGUAACCAUGGACUGCAGGACCAAGGCAAAUCCAGACAGAACCUUUGACUUGGUGUUGAAAGUGAAAUGUCAUGCCUCUGAAAAUGAAGAUCCUGUGGUAUUGUGGAAAUUCCCAGAGGACUUUGGAGACCAGGAAAUACUACAGAGUGUGCCAAAGUUCUGUUUUCCCUUUGACGUUGAAAGGGUGUCUCAGAAUCAAGUUGGACAGCACUUUACCUUUGUACUGACAGACAUUGAAAGUAAGCAGAGAUUUGGAUUCUGCAGACUCACAUCAGGAGGCACAGUUUGUUUAUGCAUUCUUAGUUACCUUCCCUGGUUUGAAGUGUAUUACAAGCUUCUAAAUACUCUUGCAGAUUACUUGGCUAAGGAACUGGAAAAUGAUCUGAAUGAAACUCUCAAAUCACUGUAUAACCACCCAGUACCAAAGGCAAAUACUCCUGUCAACUUGAGUGUGAACCAAGAGAUAUUUAUUGCCUGUGAGCAAGUUCUGAAAGAUCAGCCCUCUCUAGUACCGCAUUCCUACUUCAUUACCCCUGAUGUAACUGGACUCCCAACAAUACCUGAGAGUAGAAAUCUUACAGAAUAUUUUGUUGCUGUGGAUGUGAACAACAUGCUGCAGCUGUAUGCCAGUAUGCUGCACGAAAGGCGCAUCGUGAUUACCUCGAGCAAAUUAAGCACUUUAACUGCCUGUAUCCAUGGAUCAGCUGCUCUCCUAUACCCAAUGUAUUGGCAACACAUAUACAUCCCAGUGCUUCCUCCACACCUGCUGGACUACUGCUGUGCCCCAAUGCCAUACCUGAUUGGAAUACACUCCAGCCUCAUAGAGAGAGUGAAAAAUAAAUCAUUGGAAGAUGUGGUUAUGUUAAAUGUUGAUACAAAUACAUUAGAAUCACCGUUUAGUGACUUGAACAACCUACCAAGUGAUGUGGUCUCGGCCUUGAAAAAUAAACUGAAGAAGCAGUCUACAGCAACGGGUGAUGGAGUAGCUAGGGCCUUUCUUAGAGCACAGGCUGCUUUGUUUGGAUCCUACAGAGAUGCACUGAGAUACAAACCUGGUGAGCCCAUCACUUUCUGUGAGGAGAGUUUUGUAAAGCACCGCUCAAGCGUGAUGAAACAGUUCCUGGAAACUGCAGUUAACCUGCAGCUUUUUAAACAGUUUAUCGAUGGUCGACUGGCAAAACUAAACACAGGAAGGGGUUUCUCUGAUGUAUUUGAAGAAGAGAUCACUUCAGGUGGCUUUUGUGGAGAUUUAUUUUUGAUGAACAUUCCUGGCAUCUCAUUUUUAUAUAUUCCAGGAAACCCGAGGUCAUAUCAACAAUGGGUGCAUACAGUCAAGAAAGGAGGUGCACUGUUCAACACAGCAAUGACCAAAGCAACCCCUGCUGUACGGACAGCAUAUAAAUUUGCAAAAAAUCAUGCAAAGCUGGGACUAAAGGAAGUGAAGAGUAAGCUAAAACACAAGGAAAAUGAAGAGGAUUAUGGGACCUGUUCUAGUUCUGUACAAUAUACACCAGUUUACAAAUUACACAAUGAAAAGGGAGGAAACUCAGAAAAACGCAAGCUUGCUCAGGCACGCUUAAAAAGGCCUCUUAAGAGCCUUGAUGGUGCUCUAUAUGAUGAUGAUGAUGAUGAUGAUGACAUUGAAAGAGCAAGCAAGUUAUCUUCUGAAGACGGUGAAGAAGCUUCUGCUUAUCUUUAUGAAAGUGAUGACUCUGUUGAAACAAGAGUGAAGACUCCGUACUCAGGUGAAAUGGACUUACUAGGAGAGAUCCUUGAUACACUGAGCACACACAGCUCAGAUCAGGGGAAGCUGGCAGCUGCAAAGAGCUUGGAUUUCUUUAGAUCAAUGGAUGACAUUGAUUACAAACCUACGAAUAAAUCUAAUGCUCCUAGUGAGAAUAAUCUGGCUCUCCUCUGUGGGGGUUCUGGUGACCAAGCAGAGUGGAAUCUUGGACAGGAUGAUAGUGCCCUCCAUGGCAAACACCUCCCUCCAUCUCCCAGGAAGCGGGUUUCCUCUAGUGGUUUGACAGAUUCUCUAUUUAUUCUGCAAGAGGAAAACAGUGACAAGCACUUCAGUGCUGACAAAGUGAGUGACCCUACUUCAGGAUUGGAUUUCCAGCUCACUUCCCCUGACGUUUCCCAGACUGAGAAAGGAAAAACAGAAAAGAGGGAAACAUUAAGCCAGAUUUCAGAUGAUUUGCUUAUACCUAGUCUUGGUCGGCAUUCAUCAACUUUUGUUCCCUGGGAGAGAGAAGGGAAAGAAGCCAAAGAGACUUCAGAAGAUAUUGGACUGCUCCAUGAAGUGGUGUCAUUAUGUCAUAUGACUUCUGACUUCCAACAAAGCUUGAACAUUUCAGAUAAAAACACAAAUGGAAACCAAACUUAAAUCUUGCAUCCAAGCUUCUAUGGAGACAUUUUGAGAUUCAAUGCAAUGCGCAUAAUAAACAGAAUUAUUUGUAGGAAUGGCAACUCUUACUAUUUAAUUUUUUUUUUUUUUUUGCAUUUGGAACAUUUUCCUCACUUGUUCGUUUCAAGGAUAUAUGAAAUGCAUUGAUUUUUAAAUAUAAAGCAAAUUCUACUGUGCUUUUAAAUCAGGUACCAGUUUGUAUGUAUGUUAAAAGUAUGUAUUGAACAUAAGAUUUCCCAGUGUUUGGUGCUUAAUGCCAUCCAUUUUAUUUAAAUUAACUUUGCAUAUAUAACCCAUGCACAUAACCAGUAGCUACUAUACUAAUCUGGUUGAGCAUGAACUGAUCACGAUAUCAAAACUAUCAAAACUAGCCUGAAACUGAUGAAACGUUAACCCACUAAUUGCCUUAAUCUUAAAGCUGUAUUAAGCAUACUUAAAUAAUGUAUGAAAGUAUGUGUAAAGUUUGAAGGAUAAGUUAUUAGUGUUCUGCAGAGCAAUAAUGCCUUUUUCUGUUCAUCAAAUCAAGGUCAAAAUUCAUCUUUUCAAGAUUAAAAAGCUCUCUUACGAAAAUACUUAAUUUGCUUAUAUAAAGCACUAUAGCCAUGUUUUCCAAAAAGUGUAAAAAUAUACAUUUACCUUUCAUUCAGUAAAAUAUAUGAAGUACUGAAUUACAAUGUGAAGUUAAUGACUUCUGUUUACAAAUGAGAUACUUUAAAAAGUUUUCACAGUCUCUGUGUAUGCCUUUGCUAUUUAGGGGUCCACCCAAGAAAGCCAAAUACAACAAAAACUGGCCUGACAAAAAAAAAAAAAUUCUUUUUUUUAACUAAUAAUCUCUAUCAAAAUGCUUUAUAUUAUCAUCUGAAAUUCAGUUUUUAAAAUAAUUGACUUUACAGUUUAGAAGUUUUAGAUUUACAGAAAAAUUGCAAAGAUAGUACAGAGUUCCCAUCUAUCCCUGUUAUUAUUAACAUCUUAUGUUACAAUGGUACAUUUGCUCCAAUUAACGAACCAAUAUUGAUAGUCCAUACUUUAUUCAGAUUUUCUUAGUUUUCUCCUAAUAUUCAUUUUCCACUUCAAGAUCCUAUUCAGAAUCCCACAUUAUAUUGAGUUGGAAUGUCUCCUUAGGCUCCUCUUGGCUGUGACAGUUUCUUAGACUUUCCUUAUUUUUGAUGACCUUGACAGCUUUGAAGAGUACUGUCAGAUAAGUUGUAGACUGCUGCUCUCUUGGAGUUUGCUGGCUUUUUUUUUUUUUUUUUUUU